GCUUGUCACCGCCGUUGGCUGUGGGCCAGCUUCGUGUGCAGCGGGUUUUUUUAUAUUUAUAAGCGCCCGUGAAUCGUAUUCUCGCAUCCUCACCAUUCUCAACGGGCAGUUGUAACGAUUCGCAAUGGCGUCGCAAGAUGAGCAGCGUCCUCUGCUGGAGGACAUCGUCGAUGAUGCUGCCGUAGAGAGCACCUUUGCCAGCUUUAAGGAGCACGACCCCAAGAAUCCCCGUGAAUGGGCGAGCUCAUUCAAGUGGUUUGUCCUUUGGAUCCUGGCCUUCUGUGCCUUUACCGUAACAUGGACGUGCAUCAUGAUCGCCCCUAUCGCAAAACAAAUUAUUGACGAGCUGUCCCCCGGCGGCUCGACAAAGUCGGCCAAGGUGCUCCUUGUCAGCAUUUGGGAAAUUGGAGAGGCUGCUGGCCCUCUGCUGAUUGCGCCAUUGUCCGAGUACUUUGGCCGCAAACCAGUGAUUCAUGUAUGCAGCGUUGUUGCUGUUAUUGCGACAGUCAUAUCGUGCACGGCGCCAUCCACCAACGUUCUCAUCAUGGGUAGACUGCUCAGCGGCGCAAUGGUGACGGUAAAUGUCCUCAAUCCUGCCAUCAUUGGCGACAUUCUGGCCCCAGAAGAGAGGGGAACGGCUAUGAGUCUUAUGCUGCUGGCACCAUUAGCAGGAGGCACUUUUGGACCAGCCUUUGCAGGUUUCGCUGCGGAGCGUUGGCAUUGGCGGUUUGCCAUGUUGACCUCGGUAGUCAUUGUGGCUGCUGCUUCUGUUACGCUCUUUUUGACGUUCAAAGAAACGUAUGGGCCUGUUAUACUCAAGAAACGGGCUGCAAAGGCUGCUUCAGAAGGACAGCCAAUUGUCACGGAAGCGGAUGCCGUGGAGAAUGCUGAUAGCGAAAAGGCGAAGCUCCUAGAUGCGAUUUUCCGCCCAGCCAAGCUUCUAUACAGCUCUGGUAUCCUUUUGGUCUUGUCUCUAUACACUGCCGUAGCAUUCUCGUACAUCUACGUUGUGGCUGUAGCCGUGCCCGAAAUUGUCGAGGGCAUCUACGGGCUAUCUCCGACGCAUACAGGCUUUAUUUUCAUUGCCAAUGGCAUCGGCUCAAUCUUUGGCAUUCUUGCUGCUAGAGCUACCCUCGAUCCGAUCUACAUUCGUCUUAAAGCCGCCAACAAUGGAGUCGGAAAACCUGAAUUCCGCCUACCAAUGGCCAUCGUUGGUUGUUUAAUUCUUGGGCCGUGUAUCAUGGUUUUCGGCUGGAGUGCAUCCCUGCGCUGGCCUUUGUGGGUUGGCGUAACCACUCUCGUAAUCAUGCGUGUUGGCAUGUUGCUCUCCUUCGUUCCCAUUCACGCAUACGUGGUGGACGCAUUUGGUCUAUUUGCUGCAUCCGCCAUGACUGCAGUUAUCGUCUUGCGUUGUCUUGGAGCAGCCUUUCUUCCACUAUUGACGGAAUACUUGGCAGGACAGUAUGGGUACGGUCUGUCAUUCACCAUGUGUGGCACCUUUACCAUCUGCUCGUUGGUGGUUCCCUUGACCAUUUACUACAAGGGUGAAAAGUGGCGUCAGAGAUGUAAAUACAGCAUGUCAGCAUAAAUGGGCUUGAAGGGGGUACGGUAGCAUCCAUCGAUUCGUUAGCGCAUCUUUUUAUAUACCCGCUAAGGGUCCUACUAUCUGCACUAACUAUGCCGAAGGUCGGCCUAGAUUUUACUUAAAUGUUAAAACGAAUAGACCAGUAUUGAAUAUUCC